GCCCGGGGACGCGCCCGGGCCGGUCUCUGCCCUAAUGCGGCGGCGAGAGGCGCUGCAGGAGACGCGGGGGUAGUGGCAGCGCAGGCAGCAGAGCGCGCGGGCUGCGCCCAGGGCCGGAGCGGAGCCCCUGGAGAGUGACCCCGGGGUCUUCUUUGUGUGUGCUUUGCGACGUUGAUUGACGUAUGUGCAGUUUGGGACACUGGAGGUUUCCUUCCCGCCGCAGCCUCUGGUGCUGUGAGAAGGGGGCUGCAUGAGGCAGAGACGCUGAGCUCUGUCUGGGAGGCUGAGUCAGAGCAGCUGGAAGCAGCAAGACCCCGCCGGCCGGGGAACGGGGAGCGGGGCCCAGCGCCGAGGAUGGCCAGGCCGCAGCCACCACCCUGGGUCCACGCCGCCGUCCUCCUCUGCCUCCUCGGCCUGGGCGGGGCCAUCGAGAUUCCUAUGGAUCUGUCCCAGCCCCCGACCAUCACCAAGCAGUCGGUGAAGGACCACAUUGUGGAUCCCCGGGACAACAUCCUGAUCGAGUGCGAAGCGAAGGGGAACCCGGCCCCCAGCUUCCACUGGACUCGAAACAGCAGGUUCUUCAAUGUCGCCAAAGACCCCCGGGUGUCGAUGAGGAGGCGGUCCGGGACCCUGGUGAUCGACUUCCGCAGUGGAGGGCGGCCAGAGGAGUAUGAGGGGGAGUACCAGUGCUUCGCCCGCAACAAAUUCGGCACAGCCCUGUCCAAUAGGAUCCGCCUGCAGGUGUCCAAAUCUCCCCUGUGGCCCAAGGAAAAUCUAGACCCCGUGGUGGUUCAGGAAGGCGCCCCCUUGACACUGCAGUGCAACCCGCCGCCCGGACUUCCGUCCCCAGUCAUCUUCUGGAUGAGCAGCUCCAUGGAGCCCAUCACCCAAGACAAGCGCGUCUCCCAGGGCCAUAACGGGGACCUGUAUUUCUCUAACGUGAUGGUGCAGGACAUGCAGACCGACUACAGCUGCAACGCCCGCUUCCACUUCACCCACACCAUCCAGCAGAAGAACCCAUUCACCCUCAAGGUCCUCACCAACCACCCCUAUAAUGACUCGUCCUUAAGAAACCACCCUGACAUGUACAGUGCCCGAGGAGUUUCAGAAAGAACCCCCAGCUUCAUGUACCCCCAGGGCACCGCGAGCAGUCAGAUGGUGCUGCGCGGCAUGGACCUGCUGCUGGAGUGCAUCGCCUCCGGGGUCCCCACACCAGACAUCGCGUGGUACAAGAAAGGCGGGGACCUCCCAUCGGACAAGGCCAAGUUUGAGAACUUCAACAAGGCGCUGCGCAUCACCAGCGUGUCUGAGGAAGACUCGGGGGAGUACUUCUGCCUGGCCUCCAACAAGAUGGGCAGCAUCCGGCACACGAUCUCGGUGAGAGUAAAGGCCGCUCCCUACUGGCUGGACGAGCCCAAGAACCUUAUCCUGGCUCCAGGCGAGGAUGGCAGGCUGGUGUGUCGAGCCAACGGGAACCCGAAGCCCACUGUCCAGUGGAUGGUGAAUGGGGAACCUUUGCAAUCGGCACCGCCCAACCCAAACCGCGAGGUGGCUGGGGACACCAUCAUCUUCCGGGACACGCAGAUCAGCAGCAGGGCCGUGUACCAGUGCAACACCUCCAACGAGCACGGCUACCUGCUGGCCAACGCCUUCGUCAGCGUGCUGGACGUGCCGCCUCGCAUGAUGUCCCCACGGAACCAGCUCAUCCGGGUGAUCCUGUACAACCGCACACGGCUGGACUGUCCCUUCUUCGGGUCCCCCAUCCCCACACUCCGAUGGUUUAAGAAUGGGCAAGGGAGCAACCUGGAUGGUGGCAACUACCACGUCUACGAGAACGGCAGCCUGGAAAUCAAGAUGAUCCGCAAAGAGGACCAAGGCAUCUACACCUGUGUCGCCACCAACAUCCUGGGCAAAGCCGAGAACCAGGUCCGCCUGGAGGUCAAAGACCCCACCAGGAUCUUCCGGAUGCCUGAGGACCAGAUCGUCAAAAGGGGCACCACCGUGCAGCUGGAGUGCCGGGUCAAGCACGACCCCUCCCUGAAGCUCACGGUCUCCUGGCUGAAGGACGACCAGCCGCUCUACAUCGGGAACAGGAUGAAGAAGGAGGACGACUCCCUGACCAUCUUCGGGGUGGCCGAGCGGGACCAGGGCAGCUACACGUGCGUCGCCAGCACGGAGCUGGACCAAGACCUGGCCAAGGCCUACCUCACCGUGCUAGCUGAUCAGACCACUCCAACUAACCGUUUGGCUGCCCUCCCCAAAGGACGGCCGGACAGACCACGGGACCUGGAGCUCACCGACCUGGCCGAGAGGAGCGUGAGGCUGACCUGGAUCCCAGGGGACGAUAACAACAGCCCCAUCACAGACUAUGUGGUCCAGUUCGAAGAGGACCAGUUCCAGCCAGGGGUGUGGCACGACCAUUCCAAGUUCCCAGGCAGCGUCAACUCGGCCGUCCUGCAGCUGUCCCCGUACGUCAACUACCAGUUCCGGGUCAUUGCUGUCAACGAGGUCGGCAGCAGCCACCCCAGCCUCCCGUCCGAGCGCUACAGAACCAGCGGGGCCCCCCCUGAGUCCAAUCCCAGCGACGUGAAAGGAGAGGGGACCAGAAAGAACAACAUGGAGAUCACGUGGACGCCCAUGAAUGCCACCUCCGCCUUUGGCCCCAACCUGCGCUACAUCGUCAAGUGGCGGCGGAAGGAGACUCGAGAGACCUGGAACAACGCCACAGUGUGGGGCUCCCGCUACGUGGUAGGGCAGACCCCGGUCUACGUGCCCUAUGAGAUCCGAGUGCAGGCCGAAAAUGACUUUGGGAAGGGCCCGGAGCCAGACACGGUCAUCGGCUACUCCGGAGAAGAUUAUCCCAGGGCUGCACCCACUGACGUUAAAAUCCGAGUCCUGAACAGCACAGCCAUCAACCUUCAGUGGAACCGCGUCUACUCCGACACGGUCCAGGGCCAGCUCAGAGAGUACCGAGCCUACUACUGGAGGGAGAGCAGCUUACUGAAGAGCCUGUGGGUGUCUCAGAAGAGACAGCAAGCCGGCUUCCCUGGUGACCGUCUCCGGGGCGUGGUGUCCCGCCUCUUUCCCUACAGUAACUACAAGCUGGAGAUGGUUGUGGUCAAUGGGAGAGGCGAUGGGCCUCGCAGUGAGACCAAGGAGUUCACCACCCCGGAAGGAGUACCCAGCGCCCCCAGGCGCUUCCGAGUCCGGCAGCCCAACCUGCAGACAAUCAACCUGGAGUGGGACCACCCGGAACACCCCAACGGCAUCCUGACUGGGUAUUCUCUCCGAUACCUGCCCUUUAAUGGAACCAAACUAGGAAAGCAGAUGGUGGAGAACUUCUCUCCCAACCAGACCAAGUUCACGGUGCAGAGAGCGGACCCCGUGUCACGCUACCGCUUCACCCUGAGUGCCAGGACGCAGGUGGGCUCCGGGGAGGCAGUCACGGAGGAGUCGCCGGCGGCCCCGAAUGAAGCUACUCCAACCGCAGCUCCUCCCACGUUGCCCCCGACCACGGUGGGUGCCACGGGCGCCGUGAGCAGUACCGAUGCUACUGCCACUGCCGCCGCCGCCACCGAAGCCACAACAGUCCCCAUCAUCCCAACUGUCGCACCUACCACCAUCGCCACCACCGUCGCCACAACUACCACCACCACUGCCGCCGCCACCAUGGAGAGUCCUCCCACCACCGGGACUAAGACACAUGAAUCCGCGCUGCCUCCCUCCUCACCACUAACUCCUCUUCUAACCCGCCCUUCAGCCCCCGACCAGCAGUCCAUAUGGAACGUCACGGUGCACCCCAACAGUAAAUGGGCCAACAUCACCUGGAAGCACAAUUUCGGGCCCGGAACUGACUUUGUGGUUGAGUACAUUGACAGCAACCAUACGAAAAAAACUGUCCCUGUUAAGGCCCAGGCCCAGCCUAUACAGCUGACAGACCUCUAUCCCGGGAUGACAUACACAUUGCGAGUUUAUUCCCAGGACAAUGAGGGCAUCAGCAGUACCAUCAUCACCUUUAUGACCAAUACAGCUUACACCAACAGCCAGCCUGACGUCGUCACCCAGGGCUGGUUCAUCGGGCUCAUGUGCGCCGUCGCCCUCCUGGUGCUGACCCUGCUCAUCGUCUGUUUCAUCAAGAGGAGCCGUGGUGGCAAGUACCCAGUGCGAGAAAAGAAGGAUGUUCCCCUUGGCCCCGAGGACCCCAAAGAAGAGGAUGGCUCCUUCGACUACAGUGACGAGGACAACAAGCCGCUGCAGGGGAGCCAGACGUCGCUGGACGGCACCAUCAAGCAGCAGGAGAGUGACGACAGCCUGGUGGACUAUGGCGAGGGCGGCGAGGGGCAGUUCAACGAGGACGGCUCCUUCAUCGGCCAGUACACGGUCAAAAAGGACAAGGAGGAGACCGAAGGCAACGAGAGCUCGGAGGCCACGUCGCCCGUCAACGCCAUCUACUCUCUGGCCUAGCGGGGCCCAGGCGCAGCCACUGCUUUCCAAGUGGGGAGAGAGGCGCGGGGGCGACCCAGCCACCGCCACCUUCAUGGACAGGGUACAGCGUGGGGGCCUGCCAAGCUGUGAGGACCACUGACCACCCAGCCAACCAUAAGCUCCUCCCCAUGACCCACACACCAGGUGCCAUCGGUGGGGGAGAGCCCGAGCCAUGGCCGAGCUCAGCUGGAGGGCACCCGGGCCCCUGCUCAGCCUCACAGCCGCCCUGAGCCUUCCCCCGGCACUGCCUGCCCUUGACCUCAGCAUACACUCACCACUUCCUGUCGGUUCUGGUACUUGUCAUUGCCUUUGUUUUGCUUUGUCCAUCUUCCCCUUCAGACCCAAUGUCUCCACUUUCCCUUCCUUCUGAAGUAUCCCUGGGAAGAGAAAGAAUAGGUGGAUUCUCUCUCCCCCCACCUCUUCCCCCCUCCCCCAAAAAACUGCAACGAUGGGUAAAAAAAACUUUGGUCCAUAAAAGAACAUACAGAAAAGCUGCAGUAUUCAACCGCGUGGGGCCAGUGAUUUCGAAGGAUGCCUUUCUCGCCGUAUGCCUCCCCCUGCCCGCAACCCAUUGCCUCGGCCUUGUCUGUUGCUGAGCUGGGCUUGGCUCCUUUCCGGAAAAAUGACAGUAUUUUAGGCAGGGAGAGGGCGGACAGGGCUUCUUGCCUGGCUCUGGCUCUGGCUCUGGCUCAGCUGGGAAGUGGGCUACCUCUUGCUCCUCCCUGUGACCCUGCCCGAUCCUCCAGAGUGUCCGGGACAAGAGCCGCACUGACUGGUGGAGGAGUGUGAGGAGCAGGAGCGGGUCCUGAUGGAAAGUUCCAACUCCAGUGACUGGGGACCUCAAGCAGCAGAAAAGCAGGAACCCGGUCCCUGGGGAGCUGUGCUCACCUCGAGAGAGGAGAACAAGACUGGGUUUGGACUCCUUCCUCCCCAUCAGGGACACCCAGGACUAGACGUGAGGGCCACGCCCACUGUAUCCCAGAGGAGAGGGUGCCCCCCACCUGGCCAGGGUCUGCGCCGUGCCCUCCAGGAGAUGGGGCCUUGUGGUGCGGAAGCUUGGCUGGUGUGUCUGGGGGUGUAAAGCACUGCUCCCCUUCACCUCUGCAGGUGUCAUCCCUUCGGUCGGUUCUCUGUAACAUUGCAACUGUGCAGACGGGGUGUCCUUCCCUAUGGGCCCUGCGGGGACAGCACCCGAGCCGUGCUAUGAAGCCUGGCCUGGAGGACUCGGCGCGCCUCUCUUCGUAUGCCUUACGCAACUCUCCCGUGUCCCUGCAGCCCCGGGCGCCAGCCCUCCCUGCAAGCCGCAAGCCUCCAGCAGGGCCUGUCUGGAGAGCAGGCGGCCUAUGCAAGCAUCACAGCAGACCCAGAAGCAACCACUUCACACGUGCCCGGCGAGCUGUGGCCCAGAGGGGACCUUCGCAGACCUGCCUGCAGUGCUCGUAGGCCGAAGGCACCGCCUUCGUCCACCCCACUAACCCGCUCUCGAAACCAAAGGUACCUGGUCUCAGAGGAGAGAGAGCUUGAGCCUGAGAGGAAUCUUGAGCUGUCGCUACAGCUCACGUCGGGUUCAGGAGGGGGACGCUGACCCUGUGAUGGGCCACCUGCCGCAGACACAGCCUCUGAGUUGAGCCUCCAGCUGCUGGCCAGGGACCUGGGCAGGAACAGGGCUGUGCCCUUCAGAGACUUUAUUGAAGCAGCAUUUGCCACGUGUAUACGCCGCAAAGGUAUUAGCUGUGCCUGCAUCCCUUAGUGACCCGUCAGUGGAGGUCAGGCCCACAGACACGCACUCUGUCUGCAGGUAAGAAACCAUAGCCCAGAGCUGGGCCAGUUGUUUGUUUGAACCUGGGAAUCACGGGCAGGUUUGCAGCUCUCUCUUGGCGACCGGAACAGGGUGAAUAGCAGGGGGCUGGGGAGUGAGCUCAGGGGCCCCCUCCCCUGGCUUCCCUCUGACACCUGCCUGGACACAGCCGGGUAUUCCUGCAGCCUGGACCCCGGGCCCUGCAGGAAGUGCCGGGGAAGAGUGCCUGUGGCCUGAAUGAAAGGACCGGCCUUUUCAGAAAACACUGUGUCUGAGCAAGAUAGUGUCUCAGGCCCUGCGUCCAUAUUGCACCACACACGCUAAUGAACUGACGGCACCGAAAAUGGGCUCCUAGGGCAAGCAGGACUGUGGGAAGUCACCGGGCCCAUCUCCCUGCUUCUACAAAGGCUGCUGCUCAGCUGAUGGCCACAGAAGGGCCCCCGCUACCCCUGGGUCUUGGGGGGCAGUGGUUCCUCAGCCUGUCUUCUCUCCUCGUUUACACCCCGCUCGGCUGUGUACUCCCCCUCGCCCACACCACCAUGCCAUCACGGCAGCAAGAGCAAACCUGGGCCUGGAGAACCAAGUUUUCCCCAAGCACAGGUGGCAGGUGCUUAGAGAGAGAUGUGGGUUAGGGUUAGGGCUAGGGUUAAAGUUAGGAAGGCAGCCCUUCCAGGGAGAAGAAAGUCCAUUUUUCAUGGCUCCGUGCCAGAAUCCACCCAGCUCAGCAGGAGAAAAGUAUUGUCCCCACUCCCUGCCAGCCAGGGCUCUCAAACAGUCACCCCAAAACACCCAACCACCAUGCCGGGAGAGGGCGAUACCAUUGGUGCUUCGGCCUGGCUGGCUGGGGGGCCCGGAGUGGGGAGAAGUGUAGGUCACCUCGCAGUGACUACAAGUUUAUUGCCUGUGCUGCGAUGAUGGCUCUGCAUAUACUCUUUUAUGUUUUUAUUGACUUUGAGAGAGGACGAGAGAGAGAGAUCCAUCAAUCAGCUGCCUCCUGCACACCCCCCACUGGAGAUCUAGCCUACAACCUGGGCAUGUGCCCUGACCGGGAAUCAAACCGGCCACUCUCGGUGCAUGGGACAGCGCUCAACCAACUGAGCCACACUGGCCAGGGCUCAGCAUAUCCUUUUCUUUUUUAAAAUAUAUUUUAUUGACUUUUUACAGAGAGGAAGGGAGAGGGCUAGAGAGUUAGAAACAUCGAUGAGAGUGAAACAUCGAUCAGCUGCCUCCUGCAGACCCCCUACUGGGGAUGUGCCCGCAACCAAGGUACAUGCCCUUGACCAGAAUCGAACCUGGGACCCUUCAGUCCGCAGGUUGAUGCUCUAUCCACUGAGCCAAACCGGUUAGGGUUCAGCAUAUCCUCUUGAACAUCGACUAUGAGCUGGGCUCUGAGCCGUGAAUACUGUGGUGAAGUCAGGUGUGGCCCCUGCCUUCUCAGGGUUGCCGGCCAGUGUCCGGUGAGCAUCCUGCCGUAGGGCCAGGGGACAGCUGCCCCCACUCCCGGCCUAGCUUGGGACAGAAUGGCAUUGCUUGGGAGCCCUCUGAGCGUGUGAGCUGCCAAUGGCCCAGGCUUGAAGGGAGAAGCUUUAGAGAGAGAACUUGGUCUGCAAGGCUGGGCAAGACAGGGCAUCAAACCCCCGGGGCAGCUGAGGAGCAGCCUGCCUCCUGAGCUCUGCCCCUUGGGCAAGUGUAUUGGUGCCUCGGUCUCCCCUCGUCAGUCCCCCGGUGAACACCUCUCCCUACAGGCGGACAUGGGCCCACCUGGGGAGCAAGGAGGCCAGUGUCGGGGGACCAUCUGCUGUAGGGCCAGGGGACAGCUGCCCCCCACCUUGCCUGGCUCCUGGAGAAUGGGACCGGUUCUUUCUUGCCUGGCUUUUGAGGGGAGGGCUGAGUUUAAGCCAAAGGGACAACCAGACUGGCUCCUUGCCUUGUCCACUGCCUUUGCCUGCGAGGUUGGACGUAUCGGGUCCACUCCCAAGGUCCAGAGCAGGUUCCACCCGCCUGAGCGGCAGCCGGUGCCCACACGGCUCGCCCUGCGAGGGUGUCUGCUGCCUGGCAACUAGUUUCAUCGUUUCCCUGAGCAGUUGGCCUUAGCAAAGGGGUGGAAACAGACCCAGGCGUAUCUGUGGGCUUCCCAGCUAAGGGACUGCUCCCCACCCCCACCCAGCACCCUCACAGGGGCGCGCCCUCACAUGGACACGCUGCAGACCGAGGCCAUAUGGCCGGCAGCUCCUCGAGAAGAACGAUGUCUCGGAGAGGCGGGGUCCACCCCCAGUCCUGCGUGAGCUGUGAAGGGCUAUGUGGGGUGCAGUGUGCGAUUUGGGGCAGAAGGAAAGCUGUGCAGGGCGGGCCCCUCUGGGCCACUGCAGCGGGCAAAACCAAGCCAGAACAUGUCUGAUGCAAAGGAGAGCGAGCCUGCCCCAGGCACAGCACAGACAGUGGCCCUUUAAGGCACCGGGAGCCCUUCGCAAGGUCAGAGCCAAGUCACAGAGGUCGCAAACAGCGUGACUGGCAGGGUGGGGACUGGAUCUGCUGUUGCCUGUCUUUGCGAGGCUGCUUCCCUCACACUGAAGAGGUGAGGUUCCUUGGGCUCUCGGCCAGCAGGGGCUGGUGCCAGGGAACCACCUCUCGGGGGGGAGGGUGGCAAGUGCCUGAAAUAUGGGCACAGAGCACUCCCCCCUCGUGACACCGUGACCACUAAUCCAGGGGGCCCUGCCCAACACUGUCAGGUCCACUCGAAAGAAAACGCCCCACAGAUUCUGGCUGAGCUUCGCACGGUGACUUAGGAGUAGCAUGCAGGAGUGUCUGGGUUUUGUUUUGUUUUUUAAUCAGAGUCAAACAAGUGAAACAGCUUGAAAUGACAGGAAACUCAGUGUCCUGGGCAGAGCCCAGCUCCUGGGCCGCCCGCAGCCUGCACAGCCCACAUCAGAGCAGCAGCUCCCUCCCCCCCUCUCCCAUCCCCUCCCCUCACAAGCAGGCUUUCCUGAGACAGGGUCAGAGGUGGAUCCGAGAGAGAGGCGACGACCCUCCAGGGAAGCCACAGCCCCCACCAACCAGUGUCUCAAGACACACCCCAAACCAGUGCCCCUCCGCCAGUAAAUUAGUAUUAAAUGUGUUUUGGAAUAAGGGUGGACACGAAAUAGGUGCAACGGCAUCCAGUGCAGGAUGGGACUCGGAUCUCUGAGUGUGAGGGCAUCAGAGCUGAUCUCAUUGAAAUGACUCAGCGUACAGACAAGGACACUAACUCCCGGGGAGGGGAAGGGGUUUGCGCAGGACCACACAGCCAGUAAUCAAGGUGCGGUCAGGGCUUGAGCUCGGGCCCUCGGGCUCCCUGUCCAGUGUUCUUGCAGCUCCCCCAGCUGCCUCCUUGGAAGCAGCGGUGUUACUUAGCUCCGCCCUGCUGGUCACCCUCUGUACCCCUCUCCACUUCUCCCACAUCCCCCACAGGGAAAGACACAAAGGGUCUUUCUGAGUCCAAGACCAGUCAGUGUGAGCCAGCCUGUGGUGUGGAGGGCAGACCCAGGCUGGGAGAAGGGUGACGAGGUGACUGGCGUUUGUCACUGUGAAGCCCAGACUUGCCUCUUGCUCGUAGCACAUCGACCCCCAGCACGCUGUGUCCCUCGGAAGUGAGGGUGUAAAGGGCUGUGUCCACCCCACCCUUGGCCUCGAGGUGCCACGGGGCAGCGGGGCCCUGGGACGCUCUGCCACCUGGGGUGGGCUGGGCUGCAGCACAUGUGAAGAUUUCAGCGAAGCAAUAAACACAAAAAUCUGGGAAAAGGAAUCCAGAAUUUUGUGCACUCUCUUUUCUCCCCCCAAAAAUGAUGCAGGUCAGAUGACCCCGCCCCACUCUUCUUUUCUGAUCCUCAAAUGCAACAUCUCCAGUCAGUGUUGUCCCUCCACCCGGCUUCCAGCUCUUUGCCAACCUCACACCCCUCUGAGCUGAGCAUCCGUCGCCAGGGAUGUGGCCGCCUUCUGUCCUGGUCCCACCCCCGACCCGACCCGACCCGCGCCGGACCCUCCCAGUCCGUUCCUUUGGGCGGGAAAAUGUUCCCCGAUGUCUCCAUCCCUCCUCACACGCACACGCCCACCAACUGUCUGGUCUUUUUUCCCUGGGUUAAAUAUUUAACUCGCCGCGGCAGACCUUGUUUUAACCCCUCUGACAUCGUGUUCUCUCCUUUCUGUGAGUUACUUUGCAUUAACCCACCCUGUCAGCGACAGAUGCGACCGAGGGUGUCACGCACGGCCUUGAGCAGGGAAGACGCCUGGGCCACGGAGGACCGUCUAAUACACGGACUUAUAAACUGACUGCAUGAGCAACGAAAAGGCCAAAUUAUCAGAGUUUUUUUUGAAUCACUGUAAAAAAACUGAUUUCUUUUGUAUAGAGAACACUAAACAUAUAAUAAAAGUUGUUCAAAACGGA